AUGGUCAAGAAGGAUACGGGGGUUUGGAGAAUGUGCGUCGAAUUCACCGAUCUCAACAAGGCCUGCCCCAAGGACUGUUGCCCAUUGCCCAAGGUUGAUACCUUAGUAGACUCGGCAAUGGGAUAUGAGAUCCUCUGUUUCCUGAAUGCAUUCAAAGGUUAUCACCAAAUUGGUUAUCUCGUCUCAAGGCGAGGUAUAGAAGCGAAUCCGGAUAAGGUGCGAGCUAUCCAGGAGAUGUCUCCACCUCGGUGCGUCCGCGAUGUCCAGAGGUUGACGGGGCAGUUGGCCGCCCUGAACCGGUUCCUAUCGCAGUCAGCCUCCAAAGCUCUGCCAUUUUUCAAAGUAUUGAAGAAAACUGACCACUUCUCCUGGAUUGAAGAGUGUCAACAGGCGUUUGAGCAGCUGAAGGAUUACCUUCACUACCUUCCCACGCUCACCUCACCUCGACCGGGGGAUAAGCUGAUCUUAUAUCUUUCUGUUGCGGUGGAGGCCGUGAGUGCCGUGCUGAUAAGGGAGGAAGGAGUCCAAAUGCCCGUCUACUACGUUAGUCGAGUUCUCCGAGGUCCCGAGACAAGGUACACACAAGCGGAGAAACUUGUGCUGGCCCUGAUCCACGCAGCCCGCAGACUCAAGCCCUAUUUCCUAGCUCACCACAUCUGUUUGAGGACUGAUCAACCACUCCGGCAGAUCCUGACACGACCUGAGGCUUCGGGACGUCUUACCAAAUGGGCCAUUGAGUUGGGGGAGUAUGACCUCUCUUAUGAACCUCGCACAGCCAUCAAGACCCAGACUCUCACGGACUUUUUAGUCGAACUCACCUUUGACGAGGUGAAAGAACCCAUCCGAGCUACCACCCCGGUGACAGCUGAAGUGGCCAUCGCUGGGCUCCAGCGAUGGAUUCUACACGUGGAUGGAUCGUCCAACAGUGAGGGUAGUGGAGCAGGCUUGCUCCUCGAAGACCCUCAAGGAGAUGUGUGCUCGUACGCCCUGAGGUUUGACUUCACUGCCUCCAACAACGAAAUCGAAUACGAGGCUGUCAUUGCCGGCUUACAACUAGCUCGAAAGCUCGGGGCCGCACACAUCUUGGUCUAUAGUGACUUCCAACUCGUCGUGUGCCAAAUAUUAGGCGAAUACGAGGCCAGGGAAGAGGUGAUGCAUCGCUACCUCUCUAAGGUCCUCCAACUGGUGGCACACUUUGAGUCUUUCGAAAUUCAAAGGAUACCACGGUCACAGAACCGGAGGGCUGAUGCUCUCUCCCGGCUCGCCUCUACUUCUUUUGCCGACCUGAACAAGACGGUUCUCGUGGAAGUCCUAUCCGAGCCGGGGUACGAAGGAGAGGUUGUAUACCCCAUUUACCCCGGGGACACCUGGAUGGGGCCUUUGACUCGAUUUCUCAGUCAGGGUGAGCUUCCAGAAGACCGAGGUGAAGCACGGAAGCUUCAACGAAAAGCAGCUCGGUACAUCCUCCGACAAGGCCUCCUAUACAAGAGGUCUUACCUCGACCCCUAG